GUUUCUUAGAAGAGUUUGAGGACCCUCCACUUCCUUCUUUGAGGAAAGGACAACUUUGCGGUCAAAAUUUCGGAUAGUCAAUCAUGGAGUAUGGGUCAGUUGGAGUUCUAGACGCUUAUCAAUGCUGCACCAAAACGUGUUAAUAACUUAUUCAAAGCUCUUUAAGCGAGUAAUCUAAGCUACCACACUCUAGAAAGCUAUCAUGUUGGGCCUUGUUAAAACACAUGAGGUCUAAAUAGGAGAUAGUUGUAAAGCCGCAGACGCUUGAGACAAACAAAAAGUCACCUCCUGUUUGGGAAUGCUGAUGUUGAAGAUAUGUAAAGCAGAUAAGGAGACCGGCAGAGGAAAAAAAUUAGUUGAAUCAGCUGAAACUGAGGCGAAUAUAAAGGAUGAUCCCAAACAACACAUAGGUCCUCUAGAAGACAUGGCACAAACUAACACUGGUGAUUUGGAAAGCGGGGACAAUGUCUCACAUGAGGUUAAGGCUGGUUUGGAUGCCUCUGGCGAAGUAAAUAUGGAGGCUUCCAUAUCAUCUGAUGACAUUAUACGUGCCGGAGGGUUUGGAGCUAGAGAUGACAUAAGCAGUUUUCUUCCUGUUGCAAGUGACUCAACAGAUUUUGAAGCUUCUCUUCGUGAUGCUAGAGAGUAUGAGGAUCCACAGGAAGAAAUCUGCAGACCAGGUCUGGGAUGGACAGCAGCUACUAAGUGAGACCAAUUCUGUUAGUACCACAUGGAGUUCUUGUGAUCAACCCUUUUAGUAUGUGUUGGUUUCUUAGAUUCCGAGUCAUGUGAAUAGUGUGAAGUUCCGAUUUGUUUCAACUGGAAGAACUCCCUCUGUAUGUUACCAGUUAUUUUGUUUCUAAAUGGAAUCGAUCAUAUCUUUCCUUGUGCA